AUGCAGGAUCAACUUCAAGCCCUGAAUCAUCAGGUUAUAAAGAAGAUCAACCUGUCGAAACAUAUUGCAGAACUUCUUGAAACUAUCACACGCGAUCAGCCAGCAGAUCCAAUCGGCUGCUACGAAGAAAUGUCAAAACUUAUUUGGAAACAGCGUCAUGUCCAAGAAAAUCCAGUCAUGCCAUCUGUUCCACAGGAGGAAUUAAAUCGUUGCCAAGAAACACUUGAUUUGUUAGCCAAGCUUGAAUCUCCAGCACGUUCUAAAGUUGAUACAUUAUUCUUCGAAAUGAGCUCUAAAUGGUCAUCAUACGGCAUUACAAUGAGCAAGGACAACGCUCUUAUGCUCCAGUGUUCCCUUAUUGGACUUGCCGAAAAAGAAGAGAUCGUCGGCCUCCGCUUCUGGGGUACAUUUUCCACUCCAAACGGCUUGAUAUAUAUUGCUGAAGCUGAUGUUCCACUUGAGCAUCACAAUACUCCAGACAACCUUCCACCAGUCGGACAAUACGAUGUCCCAGCCGAAAUUGGCGUUGGUGUCAACAGAUUUGUCUACUACUACACUAAAUCUCCAUUCGAUCAAUGGCAGCGCCUUCCAGAUGUUCGUCCAUCUGAUAUUGUUACAUCAAGAAAAGUAACAUGGCAGAUUUCUGGCGACUUCUCUGCUGCUGUCCGCUCAUUUGUACCAUUCGAUGUUACAGAGGAUAUCUACAUCCGCGCUCUUAUUGCUCGUAUUUCAUCUGCUUGCAUUGCCGCGCCAACAGGCUACAUGCAGGAAUAUACACCAGAAGAGGAAGAAGAAGCCCAAGAGCAGCCAGAAGAAGAUGGCGAGGAAAAGUCAAAACCACCGAAACAGCUCAAGCUCGUUAUCGCUCCAGAUUUCGAAGGAACAGAAGUCGAUGCUGUUGAAUGGGUCCAUGUCAGACCAUUCAUUCUUCCACAGGGUCGUGAGAAAUAUAUUAAGGCACCAAAGCCACCGAAACAGCCAAAGGAGAAGAAGCCAAAAGAAGAGAAGGAAGAACAUGGCGAAGAAGAAGGAGAGGAGGAAGAUCAGAAGCAACAGGAAGAGCCAGAGGAAGAUGCUCCAGAAGAGGAAGAGCAGCCAGAAGAAGGCCCAGAACUCUUCGGAGGCAUCAACGAUGAUGAAGGCUUCGGAGAAGAACAACCAGCUUGGAAUUUCAAGACAGUUACAUCUCCAAUCGCAGGAGAAUCAUUUGUUGUCGCUGAGUCCCUCAGAUGGCCAGGCGCUUACAACCUUACAGACGGAAAGAAGUCAUGCUCUAUCUAUAUGGGUACUGGAACUAAGUUCAUCGUCGAUGGAUUCCAGCCACCAUCUCCACCUCCAAUGGCUGGCGAAUACAGACUCAAGAUGACAGAAAAGAUCGAUCCAACUCUUGAUGAAGAGAAAGAAGCUGAAAGAAGAAAGAACCCACCGAAAGAGGAAGAAGAGGAGGAAGAGCAGAAUGAGUAA